GUAUAAUAAAACAGAUGUGUACACACAUAAAUUGGGAAAAGCGAUGUAAAAUUAAAAGAAAUGAUAUAAAAACAGCCUCUUAUAUGAGAAAUGCUAAUUCUAUAUUUGGUUACAAUUCUUUUUGAUUGUUUGCACGCCGUCUAUUUUGACGACUAUGAUCAUCAACCAAAAGCGCGUGGUGCACCAUCGACCGACGACAUAGAAUUUGAACCAGUAAUGACCUUGACGAAAGAUAAAGAGAAAUUGAUUUCGAUGAAGAAUAUAAAUUGUGAUAACUUCGCAGAGUAUGCACAUAACUGUACGACUGAGGCUGCAAUGAGUUACAAUUCUGUUAAGAAGUCCCCUCCGAUGCCCGGACAAGUUUAUGAUUGGUGCAAAGCGAUACGUCAUCUCACAAAUUGUGCGAUAGAUUGGAAUUCAGAUUGUAAGGACGUGACAGAAAGCCACUUCAACGAAGAGAGUAUUCGGGGGCAUAUGCACGUAGUUAACAAUAUAUGUAACGAUGAACAAUUUCUAUCCAGGUACGACGAAUUGCCAAAUUGUAUUGAGGGAUCUGCUGAUGCGUGGGAGAAGUGUUAUGCCUUCUUCAAAUCCACAGUGGACGAACAGAAGAAUACCACACACGAAUGGACACACUUCGAAACGCAUUUCCAUAUGUGUUGUGCCCGAGCCAAAUUCAGGAGGUGCACUGCGGAUGCACUUUUUGACAUCCCCAAAACUUGUCCCUAUGAACAGGCGGUCACUUUACAGCAGUUUUCAGCAAUUGUCUCAGAAGGUGAUGUGUUUCAGAAUUGUGAUAUCAACAUGAUGUAUGAAAACUGUCCAGGAGGAGAUCCGCGACCCACAGGCAAGUCUCUCUCCAAGUUGAUGAACAAACAUUCACACAGUACGUCUCUCAGUAGUGAAAGCAAAGUGAAUGUCAUAUUGUUCACAUUUUAUUUUGUAUGUGGUUUAAUAAAGUAAAAGUUG